UAUAUCGCUUUUGAAAUUAAAUUUUAUUAUGAAUUGGACAUUCUUGUUUGUUAUUAUAAUAUACCAAUUUUCCUUUUAAAACCUCCACUUCCAAAAGCGAAAUUUUUAAAUCGUGACCUAAUUUAUGAGAAUAUAAAUAGAAUAUCAUUUCUGGAAAUCCAAUUUUUGUAGCAAAAAAUCCAUGUAAAAAUUUUACAAGCCAAUAGGAAAUGAUUUUAACAAUAAUUGCAAUGCUCACAUUCUACUUUCCAAUAUUCAUGUUGCAAGGUAUGUGUCCACGGGUAUGCGUUUGCGAUGGUCAUAUAAAUAAUCAAAAUAAUCCCGUGAACAAUAAUUAUACCAAGGCAAUUUGCCAAGUAUCGACUGCGCAUGAGCCAAUUUAUACCCUCUUUGAUGAAUAUUUAUCUGAAGAAUUGACUCAUUUAAGAUUAGUUGCAAGUGAAAUGGAUAUCAUAGCAAAAAAAAGAAUUAUUUUUAAUGAUUCCUGUAGUAACGAUUACUCUACAAAUCAGUCUAAUCAUAACGUUACCUCCCCUGAACCGAUACCCAUAUACGAUAUACUUCCAAGAUUAAGAGCAUUAAAUCAAUUGAAUCUUGUAAAUAAUAACAUCAAAUCGAUGAAGAAUUGGAAAGAUAUAUGGAAAAUAAUUCCGCAUUUAAAAACUUUAAACAUCUCAUUCAAUAAAAUUGUAGCGCUAUAUCCCGAAUCCUUUACAAACUCCCUGCUCCUGGAAACGUUAGACGUAUCUUAUAAUGGUUUAAAAGAAAUCAAUCCCAAUUUAUGGGUAUUGCCUUUUCUCAUAACAUUAAAUGUCAGUAACAACAAUAUAUUUUACCUCAACAGGGACAGUUUUGUGAAUAUUCCUAACCUUCGAACCAUCGUUAUUAGUCAUAACAAAAUUACUAGGAUCGAUUACCCUAUGUUCGACAAAGUCUUAAAUUUACCUAUAAAAUAUAUAUCCAAUAACUUUUUACAGAACUCUCAACUUCUGGUGAAAAGGGACAUGAUAGUUUUAAUAAAGGAAAAUGAUUCUAUAGCAAACUGUUUGCCCAACAUAUCUUUUCUAUCAAAUAAUUUCGGGAUCGUGACCCCAACUUUGAAUGUUUUCAAAUUUAAUUAUAACCAAUCUUUACAUUUACAAAAUCGAACGAUUUCUAUGGCAAAUUACACCUAUAAUUUAUCCCUUUUCAAAGAUAAUUCUCCUAAUUUUAAAGGAAAAUAUGUAUAUGAAUCCAUCGAAGAACCCAUAAUACCCUAUAUACCGGUCCUAUCAAAUAAUUUUAAACAUGUAUUCAAAAAAUGUAAGUCAAAAAUUUUUCACGAAUAUCUCAGGCCACAAUUAACAGUCAAUUUGGGGGACAAAUUAGCUAUACCAUGUAAAGCUAAUGGUCAUCCUAAGUUAAUAGUUCAUUGGAUCUUUUCUAAUUCAACUGUUGUUCCCAUUUUAGAUAAUCAUGCUAAAUAUGAACACCCAAAUAAUAUAAAAAACUAUCUAUUCUAUUUUUUGUCAAAUAAUAUGGAAUAUUCGAAAUUUUCAAUAGACGGCACCUUAUUCCUCAAGGUUACGAACGUGAAUGACACCGGUUUAUAUAAAUGUGAAGCUAAAAAUUCUAAAAGCAAAAACACUUACUCAAUCAAUGUCAAAUUAGACAGACAACAUUUGAAACUGAUUCCGCUUCAAGUCGCAUCAAAUUUUAUUAAAAUAUCAUUCGGUACUAGAGAGUUAUCAAAUGUCAAUCAUAGUAAGAGUUCUGAGAAUGAGGAGAAAUCAAUCAGGGUUUUCCACCCCGAUAAAAACUUUUUUGUUAAUUAUUAUGAUAAUUAUAUCAGUUCAUUAAAAAUUUAUGAAAAAAAUCUAAUAAAAUUUGACAAAGAAUACCAAAGUGACGAUCUACCAUAUUUUUGGGACAAUUUAGUCAUAAUUUAUCGCCCGGUUGAAUAUAAUUCGAGAGUAUUUGCUAAAACAGAAAGAUUUAUUGAAAACCGUUUUUAUAAAAAAAAAUUUCAUAAGUUUUCAAAGGAUCUCACUGUCGAUAUGCUAAAGCCUGAUGUUUUGUAUAUGAUGUGUCUGGCGUACGAUGUUGCAAAUAAAAAAAUACUCAAAAGAUUUGCUCCCAAUUACCUAGGAGCUUCGGAAAAUUUUAUUUACCAUGAAAUUAAGCAGGAUAGUUCCAUCAUCGAUAACAGAAGCACAAUCAUUGAUUGUAUUAAUUUAAGAACUCAAUCUUAUAUGUCGAAAUUUACAACGGAUACUGUAGGAAUCAAUAAACGAUAUACCCUUAUCAUAUGUAUAUCAUUUUGUAUCACAUUUUUUCUAACAUCUUUCAUUUACAUAUGUUUUAAGAAGAUGUACAAAAAUUUUAGGCUUAAAAGGCUGGCUUUAAAAUCGGAAAAGUUAUCACAACAACUUUUUUUAGACAAUAUGGAUUUCGAUGAUAAGGUUAACGAGAAAAUAAGCGAAGAAAUUAGAUUGACCUUCGAAAAUCCUGCUAUAUCGUCCGGAUUUAUGAGUGUUAAUCAAAAUAAAGUCAUUGAUUCUAAUAUGAAUGAGAAAAUCAAUUAG